AUGGCAGCCACUCAGAAUAACAGCAAUCCUAUCAGUGCUGAUGAAAUUGCCCUCUAUGAUCGUCAGAUCCGCCUAUGGGGUUUGAAGGCUCAAGAGAGAAUUCGAACAUCCAAGAUUCUGUUGAUCUCGAUAAAAGCACUGGGCAACGAAAUAGCCAAGAAUCUCGUUCUAGCAGGUAUCGGGUCUUUGACUAUCCUUGAUGAUCAAAUUGUUUGCGAAGAAGAUCUUGGUGCGCAGUUUUUCCUUUCAGCGGACGACAUUGGAAAAUAUCGUGUCAUCGCAGCGAGCCAACAAAUAAAGCAGAUGAAUCCCCGAGUGCAUGUAGAAGCCGACUCAUCAGACGCGGGAACAAAAAGCCCUGAAUACUUUUCUCGCUUUGAUAUCAUCAUCGCAACGGAUAUGCGCUUUGAAGCUUUUGCAACCAUUAAUGCAGCAUGUCGGGUUGCUAACCGACCAUGCUACGUGGCUGGUAGCCAUGGACUAUAUGGCUUCAUCUUCGCAGAUCUGAUAAGACAUGAAUUUGUGAUCGAGCGUGAGAAAUCAAACAUGGCCCCACAGUCCCAGGAGACAAUGACCCGUGUUGUGCUCCAUGUGACAAGAAAAGUAGAAAAGGACAGGGUUAUUGAGACGGUGACUAAAAGGGAGACCUACACACCCCUCCUCCUCGCCAAUACUUCUCCACUCCCCGACGAGUUUACAAAAGUUGCUCGAAAGCGACGCCAGGUCACUCCUGUAUUAACGUGCAUUCGGGCAUUGUGGGAAUUUCAGCGACUGAGAGCUGGAUGGUUCCCCUCCUUUUCUCGAGAGGACUUAGAGCUUUUUACUCGGCUGGCCAACGAGUGCCAUCUAGAACUGAAAUUAGACCCUUCGACUCUCACCGCUGAAUUUCUGAGAAGUUUUAUCUCCAAUAUUGGAACCGAGAUUAACCCAGUAGUGGCGUUUUUGGGGGGAUAUUUAGCCCAGGAUGCUAUUAAUUUGCUAAGUGCCCGCGAGCAACCUCUUCAAAAUUUUCUAUUUUUCGACGGCGACAAAAAUAUUUCUCCAAUCUACUCGUUGCACCCGUUCUUUCCAAGUCCCGAUGAAAAAAAGACCUUGGCGGGUAGCGGGCAGGGAUCACAGGAGAGCAUGGGUUUAGGAUAA